AUAACAGCUGACAAGCUGCAUCAGUCGGGGGUUUGUCUCUUAAUUUACUCUUAGGUUUGUUAGGAGCACUACACUUCAGCUGUAGCGAAAACAUUCAUUUGUGACCUAUCUAUGAAAAAAUAUCAAUCGAUUAGCUUGUGGCUAGGUAUCUUAUAUAUUGACAUUAACACUUUUAUAUAUGUUUAACUUACUAAGUAGUCGAUAAGGCGCGUUUAGCACAAAAAACUAAAGAGCGAGACAUUAAUAACUAGACUCAAAAUUCUAACGAUGUAUUCCUCCUUUCCUCUACCCCUCACAACAAUGACUUGUUCCUUCUCUUCCUAUUAAUAAUCGGGUCUAGAUGUUGAGCAGGUAUAUAUACAAAAGCUAAAUGAGAGUGUGAACUUAUGACGCAAUCGAGUCAAAGAGCGUUCGCAAGAGCGUGACGAUGGUAGCGUUAUCAGAAGAAUACCUCUUUAGAUAAUUAUAGUCGAUUACUCUUUUGCACGCACAAACUUUGUUUGCCCUUUUAUGGAAGUUUGUUUGCCACUCUUCGUGCAUUGCCGAAACAAUAUAAAAGCAACAACCGGUCUCUUGGCUGUCUUUAGUUUGUGCUUUACACUUGGAGAUAUUAAGAGUCGCUAAAAUGGAUCGUUGGCAGAAUCGCGUUGCUGUUGUCACUGGUGCGAGUUCAGGCAUUGGAGCAGCUUGUUGCAAAGAUCUGGUGGUCAAGGGCAUGAUUGUGGUAGGUUUGGCACGACGCGAACAACGUCUGCAGCAACUCAAAGAUUCACUGCCCGCGAAUCAAGCAGCUAGCUUCCAUUUCCGAGCCUGUGAUGUGAGCGUGGAGCAACAGGUCAUCGAUGCCUUCAAGUGGGUGGAUCAGACGCUAGGUGGUGCCGAUGUGCUCAUAAACAAUGCGGGAAUUGUGCGGCUACCGAACAUCACAGAUGAGGGCAACUCGGAUGAUUUGCGCGCCACACUGGACACUAAUGUGCUCGCUGUGUCAUGGUGCACUCGUGAGGCAUUUCAAUCGCUGCAGCGUCGCAAGGUUAACGAUGGCCAUGUGAUCAUCAUCAACAGUGUGGUGGGUCACAAGGUGCCCAUGUAUGGCCUGAGCAUGUAUGCGCCGUCUAAGUAUGCUGUUACCGCUUUGACGGACGUACUGCGCUGGGAGUUCCUCAAGAAAGGCACGAAGACCAAGAUUACGAGCAUCAGUCCUGGUGGCGUUGAUACGGAAAUCCAUGCGAACAAUUCAAUGGCUGGAGCGCCAAUGCUGCGUGCUGAGGAUUUGGCGGAUGCGGUGACUUAUUGCAUCCAGACGCCGCCCCAUGUACAAAUUCAUGAGCUUACUAUCAAACCGGUUGGCGAGCAAUUUUAAAUAAACAAUAAAUAAAUACAAUUUUUCAAAAACAAAAAAUUG